AUGUCGUCGUUCGGAGGGGGCGAUGCCCGCAACAAGCAAAUGACGGACACCAUUGGGUGGUGGGCCCGGGCGUUCCAUCCCGACGAGGAUGUGACUGAAAAUCCCGAGGUUGGUAUGAAGAGUGCCCAAGAGAUGCAGGAGAUUUUGACUUGGUGGGGUCAAGGCCAUCCCGGUGGACCCGAUGAAAUGGGAAAGAAGACGAUGCAAGUCAAGCAGGUCUUGGACGGUUGGGGUGACGCCAGUAUCGCCCUCAAAGACAAGGCCAAGGCACUGCAGGAAGCCAUGGGAUGGUGCAUCGAGAACUACCCCGCUCACCGCAAAAAACUCAAAGAAUUGGAAGGAAAAACCGAAACCAAGCAAAAGUUGAUUGAGUUCUUUGAAGUCAUCAAACAAAGCAAAGCUGACGACUACUUGGAUUUCUGGAAGUCCAACAUGAAAAAGGAAAUUGAUAUCAAGGCGUUUGAAGGAGACGAGAAGAAAAUGGCAAAGAAGUGCGAGAAAGCAUUCCUGGUGUGGCGUGACAGAGAAUUGGCCAAACCCACCAAGCAGACUGGAAAGGAUCUGGAAGAAACACUCUUGUGGUGGUCCAAGAACCGCAAGAAGAAGAUUGAAAAAAUGAGCUACGAAGAUCGUCUCAUGUUUGACAAACUCGCACAGGGUGUCUCGGGACGCAAAAUGCCCGAAUACGGAUCCGACGAGGAAGUACCCGCCGAUGUCGUCGAAUUCAUGCGAAACAAGAACAACAUCAAGAUUUUGGAAGACACACUCGCACUGUGGCACAAGCACGACGAACCCGUCGACACCUUUGGACACAUCAAGA